CAGCAUUUGUGCCAGUGUGACCAUUGUUAGACGAUGUUGCCACAAUCGACGAAAAUUGUGAUAUUGAAGUGGAAGAAUUAAACUUGGUGGCAAGAAAGUCGCGAAAGAGUGUUGACUAUUCCCAGCGACGACAAUUCAAGCAAAAAUUAAUCAGAAACCUUAACUAACAAGCACUGACACACGCACACAACUAAAAAGAGAAGAAAAAAAAAAUAUAUAUAUCUGCUGGAGGAGAGGCGCUGACGCUACGCCACGCCGCGCCGCGCCGCAUAGAACAACAAAUAGUCAGCGAAAAUUAAUAAUAUUAUAGGCAUUCAUAUAGACAUAAAAACAUUAGCAAUUUUUAUCAAUAAGCGACGCUCACGGCAGCAGCAACAUGAAUUCGAAACGCAUCAAAUACACAACGCUGUCGAGUCCGACAGAUGCGCCGUCCAAGGAGGAAAUUGUGCCAGUUAUCAUACAGCAUGAUACAGACGAUGUGGACGGCAGCGGCGAGUCGACACAGUAUACAUAUGCCUAUACGACCAAUGAGGAUGAUGAUACCGAAACGGCCGUGGUGACGCUUAGCGAUCGCGACCAUGAGGCGCUUGCCAAUGCCCAGGAGGUGAUAAUCGAUGAGAACGGGCAUGCGGUGACGUUGCAGCAAUUGGUGGAGAACAGCACCGUUGAGGAGGUGGAGACCAUUGAGCAGGGCGACGGCACACAUACCAUACUGCACAUUGUGCCGAACAUGGAGGACGAUGAGGAUGAUGAUGAGGAGGCUAUUGAACAUGAUGAUGAUGAAAUUGUUGGCGUUGAACAUGAGGAGGGCGAGGAGCAGGACGACGAGGAGGAUGAUAUGGGCUCAAUUGUGUUUGAAGGCACCAUCGAUCACAGUCCCGAAUCUGAUUCGCAGUCGCGCAACAAGACCUUCUAUUGCCCAAAUUGUGGCAAUUGCUAUAGCGCCGCCGGCUCACUAAAGCUGCACAUGCGUGCCUGUUUGCGGCAGCGUAACGAGGUCUCUGCCGAGGAUCGCAAAUGCAAGGUGUGCAGCAAGAUCUUCAAUUCGGUGGCCUAUCUCAAGGAGCACAUGAUGCGUCACACUGGCGAACAGCCGUUCCGUUGCACGCGCUGCUAUCGCAAAUUUGUUGACGAGGCCAAAUAUAAUACACACAUGGAUUCGCACAAGCAUCAGGACAAGCUUGAGGCCGAGGCCGAGGCAUUGGCCGCCCAGCAUGGCGGCAAAAAGGUUGUCGUCAAGGAGUUCACCUGCUCCUUCUGUUCGCAAAACUUUACCGUUGUCUUCGAUGUUGGCCAGGUGAAACGGCGCUAUGCCUGCGAUGCGUGCCGCGACAAAUACUCAAAUGCGGAGGCGUUGCGCCAGCACAAACAACAGGUGGAGGAGAAGCGCGAGUUUAGCUGCGAACGCUGCGGCCGCAAAUUUGUGUUCGAGGGCUUCCUGCAACGCCAUCUGCCCACCUGCGAUGGCAGCAUCAAGCGUCGCCGUGACAUGAAGUAGAGGUGGCAGCAACGUGAUGGCAAUUGGCGGCGACGGCGCAAAAGAUCCGAUAAGAUCGACAACGAUCCGGAUCAGCAGCUGCAUGAUAUCGGGGAUCAACAGCAGCUGCAGCUGCAGCUGGAGCACGAACAGAAGCACAAGCAGCAGCAGCAGCAGCAGGAACAGGUGCUGAUGUCGCCGCCAAUGCGUUACGUUGUUAUCAAACAGGAACAGCUCGAGGAGCUGGAGGAGAGUGUUGACCAGGAACAGCCCUAGAGGCAGCUCCAAAAAAAAAAAAAACAAAACUUUGAUAAUAUACUUUUCUUUCUUACACACACACACACACACACACACCAGCUGUAGUUAAAUACUAGCUUUUAGGCAGUCCCAAGCGCGCCUCCAGCUGGCAAUGUAAUUAUAAUUUUCUCUCUCCACGUCAAACAAGAAAAAAAAAGAACAUUUUCAUUGCUGCGCUCAAUUUGAUAUCGAACGCACACCUACACACACACACACACACACACACACACACACACUUGGUUCUUGCCACGCUGGGGGCCGUAAUACAUAUAAAUACACCCUAAUAUAUAUAUAUAAAUAUAUAAAAAACAAACAUAUAUAUAUAUAUAUGUGUAUAUAUAUAUAAAUACAUAUAGAGAAAGAUAUCGACGACAACACGAGCAGUAAAAUCGAACUUGAUAUAAA